AUGGCUACAGGUUUACAUACAGAAAACGAAAAGGAAAACCAGGAAUUUGUUAACGCGUCCAUUUGCUCACCACAAAGACAGGAUGCUCUGAAUGCUGAAUCACCAGAAAAGACUCAGAAAAGAAUCACUAAGGGAUCAUUAUUUCAUAAUUCAACCGGAGUUGAACAAUACAAUUCGGGACUUUUCAAGAAAAAACCAAGUGCCAAAAAGCGAGAAGAAAGUGGAUACUCUAAGAAAGCAUAUGAACAAGAAGCAACCGAGGAUCCAGGAUGGAAAGAAGUCCUUUACAACUCCGACGAAUGGGAGAUCGUGGGCGUACCACCUGCGCAAAAUGUUGACAUUUUACGUGAGGCAUACCUUGAUGCCGCAUUCGCUUUAGGAGGAGACAUUAGCUGCCUCAAGCUCGAGAAAGGAUCUGGGGAAGACCACGGAGAACAAGAAACAAUAAAUGCGGACGGAAUCGAUUCCAUUGAUGAAUCACGCGAGGACAGCUGGGCUGCAGCACUCAGAACAGCUGAAUGUGUUUCCCCUACUGCUGCUGUAUCUUCACACAGAGGAGGAUUUAGAGACAUGUCCGAAGAUACUGGGGUAUUGCGGUUCGAUCCUAGGAAUGAAAUCAGGACUAAAGCUGCUAGGCCUUCGCUCGGAGGAGAAUCAAGAGAAAUUGGAGGUCUGGCGAGGCCGUUACCGCGCGGGGGAAAGGAAGAGGAAAAUAAAGAGGAAACGGUGGAGAACGAGGUGGGAAGAAGGAAAAGGAGAAGAAAAAUGUGA